AUGGAGCAUUCUGGGCUCAGUCCGAGUUUUUCAGAAACCAGUCACCAUGCAACAAUUCGAGAAAAUUAUUUAAAUGAAAAAUCUGCAAAAUGGAAACAACUUCAAAGCAAAAGAUAUAGUGAAAAGAGAAAAUUUGCUAGUGUUUAUGAUGGUGUAAAAGAAGAAAUGCCACCAGAACAUGUUCGUAAAAUUAUUAGAGAUCAUGGUGAUAUGACAUCAAAGAAAUAUAGAAGUGAUAAGCGUGUUUAUUUAGGUGCAUUGAAAUAUAUGCCACAUGCUAUAUUAAAAUUACUUGAAAAUAUGCCAAUGCCUUGGGAGCAAAUACGUGAUGUUAAUGUUCUUUAUCAUAUUACUGGAGCAGUAUCAUUUGUAAAUGAAGUUCCUAAAGUUGUUGAGCCUAUUUAUAUUGCACAAUGGGCAACAAUGUGGAUAAUGAUGAGACGUGAGAAACGUGAUAGAAGACAUUUUAAAAGAAUGAGAUUUCCACCUUUCGAUGAUGAAGAACCUCCAUUGGAUUAUGCCGAUAAUAUUUUAGAUGUUGAACCAUUAGAUGGUAUUCAAAUGGAAUUAGAUCCUGAAGAAGAUGGUUUUGUGGCAGAUUGGUUUUAUGACCAUAAACCUUUAAGUAAAGAUUUACGCUUUGUAAAUGGUCCCAGUUAUAAAAAAUGGCAACUUACUAUUCCUGUGAUGUCUACACUUUAUCGUUUAUCUGAUCAAUUAUUAUCAGAUUUAGUUGAUGACAACUAUUUUUAUCUUUUUGAUUUAGAAUCUUUUUAUACUGCAAAAGCAUUAAAUGUUGCUAUUCCUGGUGGACCAAAAUUUGAACCACUUGUUAAACAUUUGAAUAAUGAUGAUGAAGAUUGGAAUGAAUUCAAUGAUAUAAAUAAAAUUAUUAUAAGAUGUCCAAUAAGAACUGAAUAUAGGAUUGCUUUUCCUUUCUUAUACAACAAUUUAAGAAAUGUAUUACCUGUUGUUGCCUCUUGGUAUCAUACUCCUAAUGUUGUAUUUUUGAAACCAGAUCCUGCUUUGGUUCGAGAUCUCCCUGCAUUUUAUUUUGAUCCUUUAAUCAAUCCAAUUGUAAGCAGAGAUGUAAAAAGAACAAAAGAAUCAUUUGAUAUACCAGAUGAUGAUGAUUUUUGUCUUCCUGAAGAUGUUGUUCCAUUGUUUUCUGAAACACCAUUAUAUACUGACAAUACAUCUAUGGGAUUAUCUCUAAUAUUUGCUCCAAGACCAUUCAAUUUACGUUCUGGCGCUACUCGUAGAGCUGUUGAUGUUCCUUUAAUAAAGUCAUGGUAUAGAGAACAUUGCCCAGCUGGUAUGCCUGUUAAAGUUCGUGUAUCAUAUCAAAAACUUUUAAAAGUUUUUGUACUCAAUUCUUUGAAGCAUCGUCCUCCAAAACCACAAAAACGAAGAUAUUUGUUUAGAAGUUUUAAAGCAACAAAAUUCUUUCAGCAAACGACACUUGAUUGGGUUGAAGCUGGACUUCAAGUUGUUAGACAAGGUUAUUCUAUGCUUAAUCUUUUAAUUCAUCGUAAAAAUCUUAACUACUUACAUUUGGACUACAAUUUUAAUAUUAAACCAGUUAAAACAUUGACAACUAAAGAAAGAAAAAAAUCUCGUUUUGGAAAUGCUUUUCAUUUAUGCCGUGAAAUACUUCGAUUAACAAAACUUGUUGUAGAUGCUCAUGUUCAGUAUCGUCUUAAUAAUGUUGAUGCUUACCAAUUAGCAGAUGGUUUGCAGUAUAUUUUUGCUCAUGUUGGUCAACUUACUGGAAUGUAUAGAUACAAGUACAAACUUAUGAGACAAGUUCGUCUUUGUAAGGAUCUAAAACAUGUUAUAUAUUAUCGUUUUAAUACUGGACCAGUUGGAAAAGGACCAGGUUGUGGUUUUUGGGCACCAGGAUGGCGUGUUUGGCUUUUCUUUAUGCGUGGUAUUACUCCUUUGCUUGAAAGAUGGCUUGGAAAUUUAUUAAGUAGACAAUUUGAAGGAAGAUUUUCUAAAGGUGUUGCUAAAACUGUCACAAAACAACGUGUUGAAUCUCAUUUUGACUUAGAACUUAGAGCAGCUGUUAUGCAUGAUAUUAUUGAUACAAUGCCUGAAGGUAUUCAACAAAAUAAGUCUAGAAUUAUUUUGGCUCAUUUAUCUGAAGCAUGGAGAUGUUGGAAAGCUAAUAUACCUUGGAAAAUUCCUGGUUUACCUACACCUUUGGAAAAUAUGAUUCUCAGAUAUGUUAAGGCUAAAGCUGAUUGGUGGACUAACUCAACUCAUUACAAUAGAGAAAGAGUUAGAAGAGGAGCUACUGUAGAUAAGACUGUAUGUAAGAAAAAUUUAGGAAGAUUAACUAGAUUAUAUUUGAAAGCGGAACAAGAAAGACAACAUAAUUAUUUAAAAGAUGGACCAUACAUUUCUCCGGAAGAAGCUGUUGCUAUUUACACUACAACUGUUCAUUGGCUUGAAUCUAGAAGAUUUUCACCAAUACCUUUCCCACCAUUAAAUUAUAAACAUGAUAAGAAAAUUUUAAUAUUAGCUUUAGAAAAAUUAAAAGAAUCAUAUUCAGUAAAAAAUCGUCUUAAUCAAGCUCAACGUGAAGAAAUAGCUUUAAUUGAACAUGCUUAUGAUAAUCCACAUGAUGCUUUGUCACGUAUUAAAAGACAUAUUCUUACUCAAAGAAGUUUCAAAGAAGUAGGAAUUGAGUUUAUGGAUUUGUAUACACAUCUUAUACCUGUUUAUGAAAUUGAAGCUUUAGAAAAAGUUACAGAUGCUUAUUUAGAUCAAUAUUUGUGGUAUGAGGCAGAUAAACGUCGAUUGUUUCCAAAUUGGAUUAAACCUGCUGAUACUGAACCACCACCAUUAUUGGUUCAUAAAUUCUGUCAAGGUAUCAAUAAUUUAAAUGGUGUCUGGGAGACAACAAAUGGAGAAUGUAAUGUAAUUUUAGAGUCUAAAUUAGAAAAAAUGUACGAGAAAAUUGACUUGACACUUCUCAAUAGAUUACUUAGAUUAAUAGUUGAUCAUAAUAUUGCUGAUUAUAUGACAUCAAAAAAUAAUGUUGUAAUUAAUUACAAAGAUAUGAAUCACACAAACUCUUAUGGAAUUGUUAGAGGACUUCAAUUCUCAUCUUUUAUUGUACAAUAUUAUGGUUUAGUAUUAGAUUUGUUGAUUCUUGGAUUACGUAGAGCAAGUGAAAUUGCAGGUCUACCUCAAAAUCCAAACGAUUUUUUGACUUUCCAGGAUUCUGAAAUAGAAACAUGUCAUCCAAUUAGAUUAUACGUAAGAUAUAUUGAUAAAAUAUGGAUGGUUCUUCGUUUUGAUGCUGAUCUUACAAAAGAUCUUAUUCAACGUUAUCUCACAGAGUAUCCGGAUCCAAACAAUGAGAAUAUUGUUGGUUACAAUAAUAAGAAAUGUUGGCCACGUGAUGCUAGAAUGAGACUUAUGAAACAUGAUGUUAAUCUUGGAAGAGCUGUUUUUUGGGAUAUUAAAAAUCGUUUACCACGAAGUAUAACAACAAUUGAAUGGGAAAAUAGUUUUGUUUCUGUUUAUAGUAAAGAUAAUCCAAAUAUGCUUUUUGAUAUGUGUGGAUUUGAAUGUAGAAUACUACCUAAAUGUCGUAUGGAAACUGAAGAUUUUACACAUCGUGAUGGUAUAUGGAAUUUACAAAAUGAAGAGACAAAGGAGCGUACAGCACAAUGUUAUUUACGUGUUGAUGAUGAUAGUAUGCAGAAAUUCCAUAAUAGAAUAAGACAAAUAUUGAUGAGUUCUGGAGCAACAACAUUUACAAAAAUAGUUAAUAAAUGGAAUACAGCAUUAAUUGGUCUUAUGACUUAUUUCCGUGAAGCUGUUGUAAAUACACAAGAAUUACUUGAUCUUUUAGUUAAAUGUGAAAAUAAAAUUCAAACAAGAAUUAAAAUUGGAUUAAACUCAAAGAUGCCUGCUAGAUUUCCUCCUGUUGUAUUUUAUACACCCAAAGAAAUUGGUGGUCUUGGAAUGUUAUCAAUGGGUCAUGUUCUUAUACCUGUUUCUGAUCUUAGGUGGAUGAAACAAACUGACAGUGGUGGUAUUACUCAUUUUAGAAGUGGAAUGUCUCAUAAUGAAGAUCAACUUAUUCCUAAUCUUUAUCGUUAUAUCCAACCAUGGGAAGCUGAAUUUGUGGAUUCACAAAGAGUAUGGGCUGAGUAUGCUUUAAAAAGACAAGAAGCUAAUGCACAAAAUCGUAGAUUAACAUUAGAAGAUCUUGACGAUAGUUGGGAUAGAGGUAUUCCUCGUAUCAAUACACUUUUCCAGAAAGAUCGUAAUACUUUAGCUUAUGAUAAAGGUUGGAGAGUUCGAACUGAAUUUAAACAAUAUCAAAUUUUAAAAUUAAAUCCUUUCUGGUGGACACAUCAACGUCAUGAUGGAAAAUUGUGGAAUUUAAAUAACUAUAGAACAGAUAUGAUUCAAGCUCUUGGUGGAGUAGAAGGUAUUUUGGAACAUACUCUUUACAAAGGAACAUACUUUAGUACAUGGGAAGGAUUGUUUUGGGAGAGAGCUUCUGGUUUUGAAGAAUCUAUGAAAUUUAAAAAGUUAACAAAUGCUCAACGUUCUGGUCUUAAUCAAAUUCCAAAUCGUCGUUUUACUUUAUGGUGGUCACCCACAAUUAAUCGUGCUAAUGUUUAUGUUGGUUUUCAAGUACAACUUGAUUUAACUGGUAUUUUUAUGCAUGGUAAAAUUCCAACAUUAAAAAUUAGUUUAAUUCAAAUAUUCCGUGCCCAUUUAUGGCAAAAGAUUCAUGAAAGUAUGGUUAUGGAUUUGUGUCAAGUAUUUGAUCAAGAACUCGAUGCUUUAGAAAUUCAAACUGUUCAAAAAGAAACUAUUCAUCCAAGAAAAUCUUACAAAAUGAAUUCUAGUUGUGCAGAUAUUCUUCUUACAGCUCAAUAUAAAUGGCCAAUAUCACAACCUUCAUUACUUGGUGAUACUAAAGAUAUUAGUGAAAAUAAGACAAUGCAAAAGUUUUGGGUUGAUGUACAGUUACGUUGGGGUGAUUAUGAUUCACAUGAUAUUGAAAGAUAUUCUAGAGCUAAAUAUUAUGAUUAUACUAGUGAUAAUAUGUCUGUAUAUCCUUCACCUUGUGGUGUGUUAGUUGCUGUUGAUUUAGCUUACAAUUUAUACAGUGCUUUUGGAAAUUGGUUCCCUGGAUUGAAACCAUUAGUUAGACAAGCAAUGGCUAAAAUAAUGAAAGCUAAUCCUUCUUUAUAUGUAUUAAGAGAAAGAAUUAGAAAAGGUUUACAAUUAUAUAGUUCAGAACCAACUGAACCAUUUUUAACAUCACAGAAUUAUGGUGAAUUAUUCUCAAAUCAAACUAUAUGGUUUGUUGAUGAUACUAAUGUAUAUAGAGUUACAAUUCAUAAAACAUUUGAAGGAAAUUUAACAACAAAACCUAUUAAUGGUGCUAUAUUUAUAUUUAAUCCAAGAACUGGACAGCUAUUUUUAAAAAUUAUUCAUACAUCAGUAUGGGCUGGACAGAAACGUUUAUCACAACUUGCUAAAUGGAAAACUGCAGAAGAAGUUGCUGCUUUAAUUAGAUCAUUACCAAUUGAAGAACAACCAAGACAAAUUAUUGUUACAAGAAAGGCAAUGAUGGAUCCACUUGAAGUUCAUUUAUUAGAUUUUCCUAAUAUUGUUAUUAAAGGUAGUGAAUUAAUGUUACCAUUCCAGUCAAUUAUGAAAAUUGAAAAGUUUGGUGAUUUAAUUCUUAAAGCAACAGAACCACAAAUGGUACUAUUUAAUUUGUUUGAUGAUUGGUUAACAUCUAUCUCAUCAUAUACAGCAUUUUCUAGAGUUGUUUUAAUAAUGAGAGCAAUGCAUAUUAAUCCUGACAAAACAAAAAUUAUUUUGAAACCUGAUAAGACAUCUAUAACACAACCACAUCAUAUUUGGCCAACAUUAUCAGAUGAAGAUUGGAUGAAAGUUGAAUUAUCACUUAAAGAUAUGAUACUUCAAGAUUAUGGAAAAAAGAAUAAUGUUAAUGUUAAUAGUCUUACACAAUCUGAAGUUCGUGAUAUUAUUCUUGGAAUGGAAAUUAGUGCUCCAUCUAAACAACGUCAACAGAUAGCUGAAAUUGAGGCUCAAACUAAAGAACAAAGUCAAUUAACUGCUACAACAACAAAAACAACUACAAAACAUGGAGAUGAAAUUGUUACAGUUACUACAACUAACUAUGAGAAAGCAACAUUUACUUCACGAACAGAUUGGAGAGUUAGAGCUAUUGCUGCAACAAAUCUUCAUUUAAGAACUCAACAAAUAUAUGUUAAUAGUGAUGACAUCAGAGCAACUGGAUAUACAUAUGUAUUACCUAAAAAUUUACUUAGAAAAUUUAUUGUAAUAUCUGAUCUUAGAACACAAAUUGCUGGAUUCUUAUAUGGUUGUUCUCCUCCUGAUAAUCCUAGUGUUAAAGAAAUUCAUUGUAUUGUUAUGCCACCACAAUGGGGUACACAUCAACUAGUUAAUUUCUCUAGUCACGUUCCUCGUCAUGAAUUUUUAAAGGAUAUGGAACCUCUAGGUUGGAUUCAUACACAACCAUCUGAAUCAUCACAUCUUUCACCAGUUUCUGUGAUUACACAUUCAAGAAUAUUAUCAAAUAAUACAGAAUGGGAUGGUGAAAGAACAAUAUGUAUGACAGCAUCUUUUACUCCUGGAUCCGUAUCAUUAGCCUCAUACAAAUUAACCCCAUCAGGUUUUGAAUGGGGAAAACAAAAUCUUGAAAAAGGAGUUAAUCCAAAAGGAUAUACACCAAGUCAUUAUGAGAAAGUUCAAAUGAUAUUGACAGAUUCAUUUUUAGGUUAUUAUAUGGUUCCUGUAGGAGGAAUAUGGAAUUAUAAUUUCAUGGGUGUAAGAUUUGAAGCAGCUAUGGAAUAUGAUUUAAUAUUAGGUAAUCCAAAAGAAUUUUAUCAUGAAGAUAAUAGGCCAUUACAUUUUCAUAACUUUAAAGUUAUGGAAGAUGAAAAAGGUGUUUGUGGAGCUGAUAAUGAAAACUUUUUUGCUUAA